AUGGAAGGAAUUCCCAGAUGGUUGUUGUUUUCUCUGAUAUCAUCAUUGCUUUGUAUACUGGGGGCCCUGUGUGUGCCGUUGCUAUCAGUUGCGUUUGAUAGUAAGCGGAACAGUCAGUCGAGGUUGGUCAAUUAUGGUCUUUCUUUAAGUGCCGGGUCCAUGAUUACUACAUCUUUAUACAUGUUGUUGCCUCGGAUCGAAAAAUCAAACCGGUUCAAAGUUUUUUCUGGAUUGCUUCUGGGUAUUUGGCUCAGCUUUUUCCUAAAUUACCUGGUCCAUGCUUUCGCCAGCGAGUCGCUGGUGCAUUGUGCCGAUAAGUCUGAUCAUGACCCAAAUUCGGUACCACAUCCGGAUUCGCAUUCACAUUCACAUUUUGACAAUGAUCGUGAUAUAGAAAAUGCCCCCUCUGAACAUGGUUACCUAACCACUUCUUCGAGCGUUUCUGAGAAUGAUCCUUUGGUCACAAAGGACAGUCAAAGACCAAAAAUGAAAAGGAAGAUGUCUUUGAUCGAUUUGUUGACGAGAAGAAAAUCGGAAGGCGAGUGCUGCGACUUGAACAAGUGCACACCACUGCUGCAGUCAGAACAGCCAGAAUACAUUGCAUGCGUCCCACCAGUGAUAAAAUCUUCCCAAAGUGAGAGAAACGUUUCACACGGAUCCGAUGAGUCAGAUGGUAACUUACAAUCUGAUAAUAAAGACCAUCGCGGUCUUGUCUGUAUGGAGAAUAAUGUUGGUUACGACCUGGAAAACCUAUCAUUAUACCGUAAAAAUUUUCUUUCAAGCCGUCAUCAUCCUUCCCCUGAGUCCUGUGAAAAUUAUGGUUCGAACCAGUCAUUGCACUCUUCAGCAUCAUCUUUGGGAAGUGAUAUAGCUGAGGUUCCGACCUCAUUGACGGAGACGCAAUAUCGUCCGGAUGAGGUUUCUUUGCACCAUCACCAUCACCACUUGGAGACGCCCUUUUCCAAGUUAUUGUCCAUUGGUAUGCAAACCUGUCUAGUCCUCGCAUUACACAAAUUUCCCGAAGGGUUCAUUAUUUUCUACACCAAUAGAUCGGAUUCGUCGAAAUCCCUGGGGUUUUCCAUCUUUUUAAGCUUGACAAUUCAUAAUUUCGUGGAAGGGUUCGCAAUGACCCUACCAUUUUACACUGCAUUUGAGUCCAAAUGGAUUGCCAUCUUAAUUACCGCCGUUCUUGGCGGCGGGUCUCAACCGUUGGGUGCAUUGAUAGGUUAUUUCAUCUUCAGAGGCAGUACUCCAAAGGAUCACGAACCAGAUAUGGAUUUUUUAUUAAGCAUUACCGCAGGUUUCUUAUUAGUAAUUGGUUUGCAGAUGUUCCAAACUGGUAUCGGGUUUAGCGAUGGACAUCAUCACCAUCAAGGUGAAGGGGAUGAAGAAAUGAAGCAAUCCCACAGUUCUGGUACAGCUUGCUUGAAAUGGUGUUGUACUGGCGUUUUACUAAUCCUAGCAAGCGCCUUGUUCACCUGA